AUGUGGAAUCAAGUCCAGUUUAGCUGUGCAGACGGUGAGGAAGGUUCAUGGCGGGUGAAGUGUGGUGCUGAGUGGACUUUUGCAGAGGUUUGUAAAAUGGCUCUUCUGGACCCUCAAGAAAAGAGGUACUUUCAAAAAACCAUGGCAUUCAAUGCUGCCAGGCAGACAAUUACGACUAAGUUGUGUCCUGGAUGUGGAUUCGCUGUGACGAGAGAGAAUGGGUCAGAUUUGAAUGUCCUCUGUAAAGUGUGCACAGCAGUAAAAGGACGGCCGUUUGAAUUCUGCUGGCAGUGUUUGAGGGAGUGGAAGGGUGCACGGCCUCGGAAAGACCACUGUGAAAACGAUGGCUGCUGCAACUCGUCACUAGACACAUUAGAAAAAUGCCCAGAUAUGACAUUUAAUUCAUAUCAUGGUGUCCGUGUGUGUCCCUCAGUUCGUGCCUGUCCCACUUGUGGGUUACUGUUGGAGCACAGCAAGAUACUUUGUAAAUCGGUUGUUUGCCCUCGAUGCAAUUUGAGGUUUUGCUUUGUGUGUCUGAAGAAGCCUGUUGAAUGUUUAAAAAACGUGUGCAUUCUUGCCCCCAGACAGACCUCUAUACCUGUUUGGCACAAGAAAUAA